GUCGUUUCAAGCAUCUGGUUGGCUAAACAUCUUUAACUCCGCCCUUGCGCCGCCCAAAUGAUACGGGCGAAAGGUCAGCAGUGCCAUUCACUAGCAGCAAUGGCGGCGCUCAGGGUGCUUGCAGAUGUACAGAAACUGGUGUUAACCUGGCAGCAGUCCACCAUAAGGUCGCGAUGGUGCUACUUGUCAUUUGUCCAGUAUUCAACAGCUCAUGAUCCCAAUGAGAAGACUUUUGACAAAAUUUUAAUCGCAAAUAGAGGAGAAAUUGCAUGUAGAGUCAUAAAAACUUGCCGCAAAAUGGGUAUAAAAACAGUUGCUGUUCACAGUGAUGUUGAUUCAGCUGCCGUUCAUGUGAAAAUGGCCGAUGAAGCAGUCUGUGUUGGCCCAGCUCCCACAAGCAAAAGCUACCUCAACAUGGAUGCCAUCAUGGAUGCCAUUAAGCACACCGGGGCACAAGCUGUUCACCCAGGAUAUGGUUUCCUUUCUGAAAACAAAGAAUUUGCCCGCCGUCUGGCAGCAGAAAGCGUCACCUUCAUUGGACCUGACACACAUGCUAUUCAUGCCAUGGGAGACAAGAUUGAAAGCAAACUGUUAGCCAAGAAUGCAAAGGUCAACACCAUUCCUGGCUUUGAUGGGGUGGUCAAGGAUGCAGAUGAAGCUGUCAGAAUUGCAAGGGAAAUUGGCUACCCUGUUAUGAUCAAGGCCUCAGCAGGUGGCGGUGGGAAAGGCAUGAGAAUUGCUUGGGAUGAUGAAGAGACCAGGGAAGGCUUUCGAUUUUCAUCACAGGAAGCAGCAUCGAGCUUUGGAGAUGAUCGACUUUUAAUAGAAAAAUUUAUUGAUGAUCCUCGACACAUAGAAAUUCAGGUAUUGGCAGAUAAGCAUGGAAAUGCACUUUGGUUAAAUGAAAGAGAAUGUUCCAUUCAGCGACGAAAUCAAAAAGUUGUCGAGGAGGCUCCGAGUACAUUUCUUGACCCAGAGACACGAAGAGCAAUGGGAGAACAAGCUGUUGCUCUGGCAAAAGCAGUGAAAUACUCUUCUGCCGGAACUGUGGAAUUCCUUGUGGAUUCCAAGAGAAAUUUCUACUUUUUGGAAAUGAACACAAGACUUCAGGUUGAGCAUCCCAUCACCGAAUGUAUCACAGGCCUGGACCUUGUCCAAGAAAUGAUCCGUGUUGCUAAGGGUUACCCACUCAAGCACAAACAAACUGAUGUCUCCAUAAAUGGCUGGGCAGUUGAAUGUCGUGUCUAUGCUGAGGAUCCGUAUAAAUCCUUUGGAUUACCCUCUAUUGGUCGUCUUUCUCAGUAUCAAGAGCCGCAUAGUUUACCAGGGGUUCGAGUUGACAGUGGGAUUCAAGAAGGAAGUGACAUCAGUAUUUUUUAUGAUCCCAUGAUCUCAAAACUGGUGACACACGGUCGUGAUAGAACUGAAGCCUUGAAGAGAAUGGAAGAUGCAUUAGACAACUAUGUCAUUCGAGGUGUGACUCACAAUAUUCCUCUACUACGUGAAAUCAUUACCCAUCCUCUUUUUAUAAAAGGAGACAUCACUACUAAAUUUCUCCCUGAAGUAUAUCCUGAUGGAUUUAAAGGACACACUUUGUCAUGUGAGGAACAAAAUGAACUCAUUGGAAGUGCUGCAUCAAUAUAUGUAGCUUUGCAGAGACGGUCACAUCAGUUUCUGAGCAAUACAAGAGUGCCCAUUGCCAAGAAUGAUGCGAACUGCUGGGACCUCUCUGUUCAACUGGAUGGUAAAAGCCACUCCGUUAAAGUCACCAGGAUAAAAGAUACAUUCUCAGUGGAAAUUGAUGGGACAACACUGAAUGUGUCCAGUGAUUGGAACCUUUCUUCAUCCUUAUUGUCAGUCAGCUUUGGUGGCACACAGAAGACCAUUCAGUGUCUUGCUCGUGAUGCUGCAGGAAAUCUAAGCAUACAGUUCAUGGGCACAGUGUAUAAACUGCAAGUGCUGACAAGCCAAGCUGCCGAGCUGAGCAAGUACAUGCCAGAGAAGGUUGAAGAAGAUACAAGUAGCAUUUUGAGAUCACCAAUGCCUGGGACAGUGGUGACUGUUUCAGUCAAGCCUGGAGAUAUGGUAUCCGAGGGCCAAGAGAUAUGCGUAAUUGAAGCUAUGAAAAUGCAAAAUAGCAUGACCGCUGCUAAAACUGCAAAGGUGAAAUCUCUGCACGUCAAGCCUGGGGAGACUGUUGGAGAAGGCGAUUUACUGGUGCAACUAGAAUAAAUAUAAUUUCAUACUAUCAGCUUUUUUUAAGAAAUUAUUUGUUUCAUAUUCUAAACUCUUUCCCAGAAUCAAGUUUUGAGACAACAUUCCUAGAAAAUUUGAUUUUAUCCUGAUCUAUUUAUUGCACCCGGCGCAGAGCUAGUGUGAUUACAACAAAUGGAUUCCAUCUGCAAAGUAACAUCUACCACUUGUGUUCAAAGAACAGCAAUCCUGUUUAAUGUAUAUUAAACACAAUCAAAACAUAUUCAGAUUUCAAACUUUUUUAUGUUGUAUUUCAUUCCAAUAUAUUUACAUUCAUAACUCACCUCUGGUUUCUUUCUUACUAACCUGACAUACACCACCAAAAUCCCACUGAAAUUCAAGUCUCCUGUAUUUGAUAUUGCUAUAAUGGGUUUGAGUGAGCAGCUAUCUGGUUGGAUCCAAUUUACCCUAGAAUCCAGGCAAUGAUGUCAAAGAAUGAAUGGAACAUGAAUAGGAAAGGGUCUGAAUAGAAAGAUAAGAAAUAAAAUAUAAUCCAAUUGUAACCUCACAAGGCAAUCGUUUUGUGGAUGCUGGGGUCAGCUAGAAAAAAACAGAUGUGUGUGUCGAGUGUUUUGGGUUACUUGAUUUAUAAUAUUGCCCUAAUAAUAUCCUCUUAUAUCUCAGUCUCCCAAUACCAAAUAUGUUCGUUUUAUUGUAGAAUAAUGAUUACUCUUGGUUUGUAUUGGUUUCUGUUAUGUCCAAACUGCCAGACUCCUAGAGCUUCUGUAAAUUUGUCAAUUUUUUUAGGAACAGUUUGAAAACAUCUAUUAAUUUAGAUAGAACUAACCACCGUAGAUUUUCGCUUUCUCGCUAUGUUGAAGGAAAUGUGGUAAAACUGGAGAGAUCCACGACAUUCAGUGGCUUUUGUAAUUAUAAAUUUAUAAUGUUUUCAAAAUUCUAACAAUUUGGAAUAUAUCAGCUCUUCCACUACUUAAACUGAUGUAUCAAAUAAAUCACUUAUUAAUGAACAAUGAAUUCCUAAUGGCAAUGUGUGUUCCCAAUAUGAUAGGGCUAUUACAAUGUCAGCUGCAAUAUGCCCAAUACAGUUUUCCAUGAUUGAUUUCUUAAUCAUUAAUUCAUUUAUUUUUAAACCAAGACAUCUAUUAUUAGAUUCAAAAUUAUAGAGGCGAGAAGGCAACCUUGGUGGGUAAAGAAGGCCUCCAUUAAUUACUCAUGUUUUGCUUAGAUAUUUACAUCAUAUACCAUGUUUAUCAUGUUAAUCAAUGUUUGGAGUUGUCCAAGGACUGCCCAAUUUCAAUGAAGUCUGCUUGAUCUGGGGGAAUUGAUUUUGGAACAGUAUAUUGCAAUCUAUUAAAUAAGACCAAUUUUUUUGGAAAUUGCAGUUGGGUGAUUGUUAUAUUUCACUUGAGAAAUUAUCUCCUGUGACUGUUGAAUGAUAUUGUUUUGUUAGUUGGGGAGAAGGAGCUAGAGAAAAGUGUAAUAAUAGAAGCUACAUAUCUAGGCUUGGGAUCUUUAUGUAUUGAAGAGGCUGUUUCCUGUUUCACUCCAUGUUUUACUAUAAAUUACUCUAGCAGCUGAUUCUUGGUUUGAUUUAACAUUGGCAGACUGAUACUUUAUAAAUAACAGUCAAUAGCUUUUAUGGAUGAUUGUGGCAGUUAUGGAAAUUCUGAAUCAUUUCGAAUCAUAUGUUAUGUAGAUGUCUAGUUAUGCAAAUGCCUCUUCUGUAUGUGCAGAGUUUUCCCAUGCUUUUAUUUUAUUUUUCCCUUUUUUCACUAAUAAUUGAAGUUUGUCUGUUUCCUAAUUGUUUUUGUUGAUGGACCUUAAAGUUAGAUAUGUCCAUAAAUUUUAAAUUCCCUCUAAUGGGCUUAGUUUAAAUAAAUUAAAGUUAUAUUUUUUCUCUUA